GAGCAAGGAGCCGGUCUAGUGGAGUCCAAGGAGCAGCCAGGACAGGGUAGGGCAGUGGCUGCCAUGGACAAAGACACAUUCCACCCUGUCCUGCCCAAGGAGGGCCCCAACCUGGAGCUCAAAGAAGAAGCCCCCAUUUUCCAGACUGCUGAGGGCUCGUGCUGCAGCAUUGGCAGCCCAGGGCUUAAGCAGAGGGACCACCUGGGGGGCACAGAGGAGCCCCCAGAGGAGCAGAAUGUGGCCUCCCACGGCCUUAGCCUUGACCUGUCCCUCACCAAUGGCCUAGCCCUGGGGCAGGACACAGAUGCUCGGGAAGAGGACGCAGAGUCCCGGCCCUGGCGUGCUGACGGGCUGGCACGAGGGGACGAUGCUUCCAGUCUCCAUGCCGACACUGAGGAUCCUCAUCUGGGUCUGGAUGACCCCGGGGAACCAGAUGUACGUGAUGGAUUCAGCGCCACGUUCGAGAAGAUUCUGGAAUCAGAGCUUUUGCGGGGCACUCAGUACAGCAGCCUUGACUCCCUGGACGCCCUGAGCCUCACAGAUGAGAGCGACAGCUGUGUCAGCUUUGAGGCCCCUCUCACGCCCCUCAUCCAGCAGCGGGCCCGGGACAGCCCCGAGCCGGGGCCCGGGCUGGGCCUUGGGGACCUGGGGCCUGAGCAGGACACGGGAGCAGCUGGUGGUGAUGGAGAGCUGGGCAGCCCCCUGCGACGCUCCAUCUCCUGCAGCCGCUCGGAGAACGUCCUGAGCCGCCUGUCUCUCACCGCCAUGCCCAAUGGCUUCCAUGAAAACGGAGCCUCGGGCACAGGCAGGGAGGAGGAGGAAGAGGAGGACGACGAGGAGGACACAGACAAGAUGCUCAACUCAGCCAGUGACCCCAGCCUGAAGGAUGGCCUGUCGGAUUCGGACUCGGAGCUGAGCAGCUCGGAGGGGCUGGAGCCUGGUGGUGCAGACUCAUUGGCCAAUGGGUGCCAGGGUAUGAAUGAGGCUGCUCGCAGGCUGGCCCGCCGCCUGUACCACCUGGAGGGCUUCCAGCGCUGCGACGUGGCCCGGCAGCUGGGCAAGAACAAUGACUUCAGCAGGCUGGUGGCUGGGGAAUACCUCAGUUUCUUCGACUUCUCAGGCCUAACUUUGGACCGGGCACUCAGAAACUUCCUGAAGGCCUUCCCUCUGAUGGGAGAGACACAAGAGCGGGAGCGGGUCCUGACACACUUCUCCCGCCGGUAUUGCCAGUGCAACCCCGAAGACAGCACCUCGGAAGAUGGAAUCCACACACUCACCUGUGCACUGAUGCUGCUCAACACGGACCUGCAUGGCCACAAUAUCGGUAAGAAGAUGUCUUGCCAGCAAUUCAUUGCCAACCUGGACCAGCUGAACGAUGGCCAAGACUUUGCCAAAGAUCUGCUGAAGUCCCUGUACAAUUCCAUCAAGAAUGAAAAGCUGGAAUGGGCCAUUGAUGAAGACGAGCUGAGGAAGUCCCUGUCUGAGCUGGUGGAUGACAAGUUUGGGACAGGCACGAAGAAAGUGACUCGGAUCCUGGAUGGUGGCAACCCUUUCCUGGAUGUCCCCCAGGCUCUUAGUGCUACCACCUAUAAGCAUGGCGUGCUCACCCGGAAGACCCACGCGGACAUGGAUGGCAAGAGGACACCCCGUGGGAGGCGAGGCUGGAAGAAGUUCUACGCAGUGCUCAAAGGGACCAUCUUAUACCUGCAGAAGGAUGAAUACAGGCCUGACAAAGCCCUGUCAGAGGGUGACCUGAAGAAUGCCAUCCGUGUGCACCAUGCCCUGGCCACCAGGGCCUCCGACUACAGCAAGAAGUCCCACGUGCUGAAGCUGAAGACGGCUGACUGGAGGGUCUUCCUCUUCCAGGCCCCGAGCAAGGAAGAAAUGCUGUCGUGGAUCCUGAGGAUCAACCUGGUGGCCGCCAUCUUCUCGGCCCCGGCCUUCCCAGCUGCUGUCAGCUCCAUGAAGAAGUUCUGCCGGCCCUUGCUGCCCUCUUGCACCACACGCCUCUGCCAGGAGGAGCAGCUGCGGUCCCAUGAGAACAAGCUGAGGCAGGUGACGGCAGAGCUGGCCGAGCACAGGCAGCACGCGGUGGAGAGGGGCGUGAGGUCCAAGGAGGCCGAGGAGGCCCGGCUGAAGGAGCACUAUCUCACGUUUGAGAAAAGCCGUUAUGAGACCUACAUCCACCUGCUGUCGGUGAAAAUCAAGGUGGGCUCUGACGACCUGGAGCGGAUCGAGGCCCGGCUCGCCACCCUGGACGGGGAAGACCCUUCGCUUCGGAAGACACACUCGAGCCCUGCCCUCAGCCAGGGCCACGGGCCUGUGACUGGCAGCCAAGCCGCCAAGGAUGCCACCGGGCCUGACACUUAGCUGGCACGAACAUGCGGAGCCUUGCCCCAGGCAGGCGGGUCAGUGAGCACAACUCCAGCCAGCUGCCACUCACACAGCUGCAGCCAGUGGCCCGGCAGCCCGAGGGGUGCGGAGGGGCCUGCGGGCCGAGAAGGCGCUGCUGUCCGAGGCCCAGGCCUUCCGGCACCCGUAGCCCUCGUUCCCUUGCCACAGCUGAGCCUCAUUUUGCAGGCCGGGCGUGCGCACGCUCGAGCCGCCACUUCCGGGAGAAGGCCGCUGGGCCGCGCCGA